AUGGGUGCUUAUUGUUGUUCUGCAGUGGAGAACACAGAAGGCGAUUUUUCAAUUGCAAAAGAAAUUUCAAACAAUAGCGUUUUGAUUUUCAGUAAAACUGGAUGCUCAACUUCAUUAGAUGCCAAAAUGAAACUAUAUUCUGAAGGUGUAAAUUUCAAAGUAAUUGAGGUGAGUAAGAGGACUAAUAAAAUAAAAGAAGACCUUAAAAAUUAUACACACAAAGAAGGGUUUCCUUAUGUCUUUGUAGAAGGACUGUAUAUUGGAGGAGUAAAUGAGCUUCAGGAAAGAAUAAGCCAAGGGACGCUAAAGAAGUAUAAAUCCGACAAUUAA